AUGGAAGAAUUUCCGUUGGGAUACCGGGAAGUCGUGCCUGAUCAAACUGUAUUAGAGAAAUGGAACGAAAUCACGUUGAACACAGGUGGAAGUCAAAGUACCUUACAAGACAUAAAAGUUCCAGAAAGGGCAGGUGGCUAUUCAUAUAAUGAUUGCUCAAAGUAUUUUACCCGCAAUCGGUUUAUUUAUUGGCGUAUUUGUCAUGAUGUACUAGAAUUGGUUGAACAUAGUUUAGACAUUAAUUUGGCCAAUUGUAGAGUAAGAUACAAGUUUACAGAUACACCCAUUUUGGAUGGUAUUUCUAUACAUGAAACAAUUAAUUCAGUUAUCAUAUUAAUAGCAACUGUUUCUAGUGUUCAUAAGCUAUCGUUCCCUCAUCCUGAAAGAAUUCAUAAAAAUGAACACUCAUUAAGUACAUAUAAAGAUUUAGGUAUACAGUCAAUAUUUAGUGAAGCAUCUGCACAGAAUGUGAAAAAAACAAAGGAGGAUCCACACAUGUUUCAUGUCAUUACAAGUGCAGGAACUACAAAUUCUCCAGUCCCCCAUGCUGCUGCAUCAUGGUUCAUUGCACCACAAGAAGCACUGUUUGCUCUUGCAUAUAAUUCAGGAACUAUACUCCUUCUAAGAUUAGACACUAAAACUGGUCUUGUGCACACCAGUGAAUUAAAGCAAGAUUCGAUAGUGCCAAGAUUUCUUAGUGGUAUAGCAACUGCCUUUAGAGGACGUAAUUCUGAAGCCCAUGUGGCUAUGUCAUUAACUAUACACAGUUGCGGAAAUGAUACAUAUCUGUUCGCUUUAUGCCGCGAAGGUAAUAUCCGUAUGUGGUCUUGUAAUAAAGCUCAGUGCGUGGCCGUGACGGAUGCAGCGAUUGAUAAUCGCAUCGCAUCUCAGGGUGCACAGGGUCAUAUAUUGAGAAAAACAUUAGGUCCCAAUAACGAAUUAUACUUGGGGACUUUUUUAAAAUUUAGCACUAGGUGCGAAUUUAGCAUUUUAAAGCCAAUUCAGGAUAAUGGUAUAUUUAAAUUUGUUAGACUAUGUACAAGAUUUGCACAAGAUCAACAUUUAGUUGAUUUUUCUUUUACAACUACUCGAUUAUGGGCUGUCUGGAGAACUACCGAUAUGGAUACAGUUGAAGUAACGCAUGCUCAAUUAUCAUUGAGCGGUGUACGCGUCAAUUCCGAAUGGGAAACAACGAAUUUAGAGCAAAUGCCAGAUAGAGACUAUAUUCUCAGCGACCCUGACACCGAUCCAAGACAAGCAUACAUCAAUUAUAUUUUUCAUCCUGGACAAUUUUCCUUAACAGACAUAACGAAAGCACUAAACAUAUAUAGGAGAUCUAAUUGUACCGAGGAUAAAAUUCUUUCUGCCGCAGAAUUGAAGGAACGUGUGUGUAUUGCGGUAGAGGCGGAAAUACAGGCUGAAAUCAUGGAUUAUGAACUUAUGGACGAGGAUUAUUUGGAAAUAGCCAAUCGUUGUUGGUCGAAAUUUUAUUCAUGCGUCAUACAAUAUCAUGCCAAUAGCACUAGACCAGUAGGAUUAUUGUUACUGUCAAACGUUUACGGAGUUGUUUUACUUAAAAAAUCAUCCUUCUCGCUUUUAAGACCUAUGGAAGCACUGGAAUAUCUAAUGUUUUGCAAUGAAAAAUCGUACACCUCAAGAUUCAAGACAAUGCCAGUUCUAUCACAAGACGAAGAUAUAUGUCAAGAUCUCAUCACGUUAAUGUCAGCAUUGGUGUUGUUGGAGGAGCAGUUAUCAGAGGAAACCAAAACAGCCAUAAAAAGAGAGCUGUAUCAUCUGAAAAGUCCGGACAUUAUUAUUGACAAUUUACUGUCAAAAUUGAUGUUAGAGUCAGAUGAACCUAUUAGUAAUUUCAUCACUCAUCACCCUAGCUGCCACAAAUUAUCAAAUGUUAGAGAUAUAUCCAGUGCUAUGGCAAUGCUGCUACAAACGUUAACAUACGAUCUUGAACAACCAACUAAGUUACAGAUUAACGAAGAUCAUGAUGCCUCGAAGCUUUUGCUUAACAUAAAUCACUUUUUCGGUAGUAGUUUGGGCAUCUCAGCAAUAUCGAAGAGCGUUGCCCAAAUAACACAGUUAAGAUUUGCAAUCUGCAGGAAUCUGUUAAUUUUACAACAGAUGAUACUGCUGCGACCUGAAUUGUUCGAUUCACGACCCUUACAUUUCAUAAAAUCAUCGUUAGCACCCAGAACAGUAGUAUUAACACAGGCUUAUUAUGUUGUAACGUGGAUAUGUGAAUCCACAGCAUUACCAAUGCCUGCCCAAUCACUAUUGGACUCCAGUAUUCAACGUUUAGCACUAUUAAAACUCGUUGACUCAAAAGCAAACAUGGGAUUCAGGCAACAUCGAUCUCUGUCGUUGUUAGAAUUAUUUAUACAAAAUAGCGGUGCAAAACAUGCUCACAACCUGAUGGCUCAUACAAAUAUAGAUGCAACCACUUUUAUUCCCUGGCAUUAUGGCAUGUUGACGCAUGUUACCCUUAUCGCACAAUUUAUAUGGCCAAGAACUGGAAAUUUCAUAUUCCCUGAAUGGCUGUUAUCCAGUUGCCAGUUUUUACUAGUACAAGAAUACGUCAGACUUUUGAACACAUGGUGUGAAUGGAACAGUGCAUCGAGAAAGUUUAUAUUAGCAGUUGCGCUACUUGAAAUGGGAGAAGCACAGAAAGCUUGUGACCACUUCCUCCGAGCCUCUGGAGGAAUUCUAACGGAUAAAUUUCUAGCAGAUGCCUUAAUCGAUUCCAUCGUAACAUCAGCAAAUAGUUCGUUAAUUCAGUAUUACCUAAAGGUCAUCAAAUUAUUUGAGGAACACAAUGCUUCCGACUGUAUCAUAGAGCUUGCUGAAACAGCCAUAUUGAUGGCUGAUAAAGAUGAUCGUAAUCUACCAACGCUUCAUUCGAUAGUAUUCACGCAACAUUUGAAUUUGGGUCACCACACCAAAGCUUAUAAUUGCCUGAAUUCGAAUCCAGAUGCUGCUCGUAGAGUAGAUUGUUUGAGGCAAUUAGUAGUGACUUUGUUUGAACGAAAGAAAUUGAUAGACUUAAUUUCGUUUCCGUACGUCGAUAUGUACGAAGAUUUAGAGAGAAUAGUGGAAGGUAGAGCAAGAAGUGUGGACCUUAUGGAAAAUAAUUACUAUAAUUUCUUGUACAGCUUCCAUAUAAAUAAAGGAAAUAUGCGAAAAGCCGCGUCUGUGAUGUACGAACAAGCUAUGCGUUUGAGCCAAGAAUCACAGUCUGUUGCAAUUGUAUCGAGACAAGCUCAGUGUUUAUUGGCGUGUAUCAAUGCGUUACACCUUGUCUCCGAAAAGUACAGGUGGAUCGUUAGACCUGUGAUUGAGCAGAACUAUUUCGAGGAGAUGGAUUAUGAAGAGUUACCAACAAGAAGAAGCAUCGAUGACGAAGAAGUUUCUCAUUACAAGAUAAAGAAACAAGUAGAAGUUCUCGAAUUAAGUGAUAUAAAGAAAGAGUACUAUAUAGUGGAUGCAAGAUUGAAAGUAUCGAAAGUAAAUUCAGAGCUGCACAUUGUCUCACACGCUGGUCCCUCGGAACUUAUCAUUAUUUUAUCGACUAUUGGAUUAUACACGACAGCGUUACAUUUGUGCGAUGAAUUUAAAAUUAAUAAAAGUUCCGUUCUUGAAAGCCUAACUUCACAGUGUGUGCGAUUAAGCCGAAGGGAAGAUCCAAAUGCUUGGGAUUGGCUUAUUCAGAAUGAUAUAUUUGAUAUGGGCCUUUCUAAUACCAAUAUCACAAAUACUGCUUGGAGAUUGUUAGAAUAUUUAACGUUGAAGCAUGAAAAAGAUGGCUGCAGCGAAUUGCAUAAAGCAGUUUCGCGAAAAUUGCUGCAAGAAGGAGCAUUUAUACCUCAGUGGUUAUUAAUGUCGUACAAGAAACGAAACGCUGCAGAACUUCUCCGUCUUAUGUUGAACACUGGUAGAGUAGUAGAAGCUAGUGAUUUAGCAGUUGAAUACAUUAAUGCCGUUUCCGGUAAUGGCAAAGAAAGUUUUGGACUUAAAACACACUUAACAUCCAUAACUCCAGCAGUCUGGUUACCAUUUAACACGUUAGAAGUACUAUUAUUCGAAUUGAAAGAAGCUAGCAAGGAGAAUACCAUGUUUUCCGAGAGCUACGAGAAAUUACAAAAAGCAUUAAAUGACUAUGAACAAAAAGUGAUAAGAGUGUCAAAGGAUAUGAUUGAAAUGAAAUUAAGUAACAAAAAUCGUUAG